UUUUUGCCAUUAGCCCUAAAAAUAAAGAGUAAAGAGCAAAUACUAAUGAUUCAUCUUGAAAUUUUGUUUAAAAAACACAGAAAUUAAAGAAUUAGGGGCUCCAUUCAUAAAUAUAAUAUAAAUGCUACAAAAACUAAAAAUUGGACUUUGUAUAGCCCCAUACAAAAUACAAAGAACAAUAAUUAUUAUUUGGUUUUUUUUGAGAAAAAAAAAAAAAAAAACAAAGAACAUGAAGUACAUGAAGAAUAACUUUUUUCUCACAUAUCCUUGUCGGAGCCCGGAUCCCAUACAUGCCCCACACCAUAGUAUGAUUGCACCCUCAAAAGUAACCCACACACACACACAACAACAUUAAUUUUCAACCACCAGUUAACACCUAGUAAAAACACACACACACACACACACACAGUUCCUCGUCAACUUGUCCCAAAGUGACAAAAGAAAAAACAGUUACCCACUACUACUACUCCUACUCUGAAACUGCUGGAAAUAAAAUAAAUUAAUAAAAUAAAAUAAAAAAAAAAAAGAAAAUACUGUUUUUAACUAUAUCUGGAAUCAUUACACAAAAACGCAAAACACUACCCAAUCAAAGCAAAUGCAAGAUCCAAACUCCAAGCACUCGAUGAACCAAGCCCCGCCCUUUUCCGCCGCAAUGCGGCCCUCCCUCCAUCGGAGAGCCCACUCCGAGGUCAACUUCCGGCUGCCGGAGGACCUAGAUCUGGUCUCCGACCACUUCGACGCGCCGGCGGGGAGUUUCGAGGAGAUGGGAUCCGAGGACGAUCUCUUCUCUACUUACAUGGACAUCGAAAAGCUCAGCGGUGGACCCGCUGCCGGCGCCGGAUCUGGCGUCGCCGACUCUGCUUUCGACAAUGCCGGCGGCGGCCCGUCUGGUGAGGACGGCGGCGGCGGCGGCGGUGGUGGUGAUGGGAGGCCGAGGCAUAGGCAUAGUAACUCGGUGGAUAGCUCGGGGUUCUUGUUUAAUGAGAAUGGUAUUGAAGCUAAGAAAGCUAUGGCGCCUGAAAAACUUGCUGAGUUGUGGGCUCUUGAUCCUAAACGCGCUAAAAGGAUAUUGGCGAAUCGGCAAUCUGCAGCUCGAUCGAAAGAGAGAAAGUCGAGGUACAUAUCUGAACUGGAGAGGAAAGUGCAGACUCUUCAGACAGAGGCAACAACUCUCUCUGCACAACUCACACUCUUCCAGAGAGAUACAUCGGGGCUGAGUAACGAGAACACGGAGCUCAAACUCCGGUUACAAGCCAUGGAACAGCAAGCUCAAUUGCGUGACGCGCUGAACGAAGCACUGAAGCAGGAAGUGGACAGGCUGAGGGUCGCCACGGGAGAAAUGUCGACCUCAUCGGAGACGUACGAUCUGGCGAUGCAGCAUGUACAGUACAAUCAGACGGUCUACUAUACGCCACCUGGCGGCGGCAUGAACGAGAAUUCUCGGUACAUGCAAAUGCAGCAGUUUCACAAUCAGCAAAUUUCGGGAGGUGGCAACAAUAAUCAUUUGCGGGACGCGUUCAACCAGCAGGACCCGCUCGGUUGCUUCCAAGGUCUCGAUAUCAGUAACAGAGGAUCGCAACAUCUCGUGAAAUCCGAAGGCCCUUCUAUCUCCGCUACCGAAAGCAGCACAACUUUAUGAUAAUUAAUUAAUUAAUUAAUUAAUUAUUUCAGGUUCUUAAUUUUUAAUUUUUUUUUAAUUAAUGAUUUGUUCCAUUAACACGAAAAAAGGAGGGCCGCCUAUUUGUUUGGUUUUGUUCAUAGACUGACAACGAACGUGUUUAGCAUCGUCGUGGAGAUCGGCAACUAGUUCAUUAUUUUUUCAUUUUUUAAUUUCUUUUUCGGGUUUUUGUGUUUAACUUAAUGAUGAUUUUUCAUAUGUUGUUUUUGUUCGAUGUUGUUAGUUUAAGUUUGUUUAAUUUGUUAAGGUUCAACUGAAAAAUGGUGUCUUGUUCAUUAGUGUUUGUUUGAAGGGUUCACAUCUUGUGCUCAUUGUAAUUGAGAUAUUUGAUAUUAUUAUUAACUCCAAUGUUCAAUGUUGUAUUCUUGGUAU